ACCGACCGACCAAUAAAACGGAGCGAACGCGUAAGCAUCGAGCGCUCGGCGCAGGCGGAGAAAGCUCGGUGUGGAGCAGACUGGACCUCCUCCAGCUCCACUCGUACUGCUGACAUCUCUCAGCGAGCAAGUACGACCAGGGCCUAUCCCUGUCUCCGCUUCGGACGCGUUCCACCCUCAAAUCUCGGCCAGGGAUACUAAGGACGCGGCACGGAAAUCGUCUGGGGUGGGGGAUCCCAGUCUGCAGGUUGUAGCAGGGACGCAUCCCAUUCUAGGGCAAGAUGUUAGACCCGUCGUCCAGCGAAGAGGAGUCUGAUGGGAUAGUGGAGGAAGAAAGCAAAGAGGCGAUGGCACCUCAGGCCGGGUCCCGCAUAUCUCCCAGCAGGACCAGCGAGAGCUCUGGCGGACUGGCUCCCAGCAGCAGCCGCAGCAGCGCCCGUCCGAUCAGUCCGAGCCCGUCCGCCGCCAGCGAGGAGAAAGAGGACCUGGAGAAGAUGCACAGAGAGGAGGAAGAGCGCAAAAAGAAGCUGCAGCUGUAUGUUUUUGUCAUGCGAUGCAUCGCAUAUCCCUUCAACGCAAAGCAGCCGACUGAUAUGGCAAGACGGCAGCAGAAGAUUUCCAAGCAGCAGCUACAGCAGACCAAGGACCGCUUCCAGGCCUUCCUCAACGGAGAAACGCAAAUUGUAGCUGAUGAGGCAUUCAUCAAUGCCGUGCAGAGUUACUCUGAGGUGUUCCUGAAGAGCGACCGCGUGGCUAAGAUGGUGCAGAGUGGUGGCUUUUCAGCCAACGAUUUCAGGGAAGUCUUUAAGAGGCACAUUGAGAAGCGGGUGCGAAGCCUUCCAGAGAUUGACGGUCUGAGUAAGGAAACGGUGCUGAGCUCCUGGAUGGCCAAAUUUGACACCAUCUACCGUGGCGACGAGGACCCGCGCAAGGCUCAGCAACGCAUGACCGCCAGCGCGGCUUCCGAGCUGAUCCUCAGCAAGGACCAGCUGUAUGAGAUGUUCCAGAAUAUCCUCGGCAUCAAGAAGUUUGAGCAUCAGCUGCUUUACCAAGCCUGCCAGCUGGACAAUCUGGACGAGCAGGCUGCACAGAUAAGAAGAGAACUUGAUGGUCGUCUUCAGAUGGCAGACCAGAUUGCCAGGGGUGGCAAGUUCCCCAAAUUUGUGUCUAAAGAGAUGGAGGCCAUGUACAUCGAAGAGCUCAAGUCCUCAGUGAACCAGCUGAUGGCCAACCUGGAAAGCAUGCCGGUGUCAAAAGGAGGGGAGUUUAAACUCCAGAAGCUGAAGCGAGGGCACAACACCUCCAUCAUCGACAUGGGCCAGGAGGACGAGAACACUCUCUCCAAGUCUGACGUGGUUCUGUCCUUUACUUUGGAGGUGGUGAUCAUGGAAGUGGUGGGGCUGAAGUCCCUGGCUCCGAACAGGAUUGUUUACUGCACCAUGGAGGUGGAGGGAGGCGAGAAGCUCCAGACUGACCAAGCAGAGGCAUCCAAGCCGACCUGGGGAACCCAGGGGGACUUCACCACCACACACCCUUUGCCCGCUGUCAAGGUGAAACUGUUUACAGAGAGUACAGGUGUUCUGGCACUGGAAGACAAAGAACUGGGCAGGGUUGUCCUCCACCCAACACCUAACAGCCCCAAACAGUCAGAGCUCCAUAAGAUGACCGUGACCAAGGCUUGCCCCGACCAAGAUCUCAAAAUAAAGCUGGCUAUACGCAUGGACAAACCACAGAACAUGAAGCACUGCGGGUAUCUGUGGGCUUUUGGGAAGAACGUCUGGAAACGCUGGAAGAAGCGUUUCUUCGUCCUCGUGCAGGUGAGUCAGUAUACCUUUGCAAUGUGCAGCUACAGAGAGAAAAAAUCAGAGCCACAGGAGCUUCUGCAGCUGGAUGGGUAUACUGUGGACUACAGUGACCCCCAGCCUGGCUUGGAUGGAGGCAGGACUUUCUUCAACGCGGUGAAAGAGGGCGAUACUGUGAUCUUUGCCAGCGACGACGAGCAGGACCGCAUCCUGUGGGUCCAGGCCAUGUACCGUGCUACUGGCCAGUCCCACAAGCCCGUCCCACCUACUCAGGUCCAGAAACUAAACUCCAAGGGGGGUGCCUCAGCCCAAAUGGACGCUCCCAUUUCUCAGUUCUCUGGACUCAAGGACGCUGACAGAGCUCAGAAACAUGGCAUGGAUGAGUUUAUCUCCGCUAACCCGUGUAGCUAUGACCACGCCUCGCUUUUUGAGAUGUUGCAGCGGCUCACGCUGGACCACAGGCUCAAUGACACCUUCUGCUGCUUGGGAUGGUUCAGCCCGGGCCAAGUGUUUGUCCUGGAUGAAUACUGUGCAAGGAACGGAGUCCGAGGUUGCCACAGACAUCUGUGUUACCUACGUGAUCUUCUGGAACGGGCAGAAAAUGGGGCUAUUAUCGACCCCACCCUUCUGCACUACAGCUUUGCUUUCUGUGCGUCCCAUGUCCAUGGGAACAGAGAGGGCAGCAGUUACUGGGGGCCACUGGGCUACGAGGCCCUAGAAUCCCCACAGAGCUCCCAAAGCUCAGAUCCUCAGGCUGCUGCAAAGCGAGCGUGCAUAUUCAAGUUUAGGCAAAGAAAGAAGUCCUUUCAGAACGAAAAAAGGCCAGAUGGACUGAGCACGGUGAAAGUGGACGAGAAGGAGCGCUUUGAGGACAUUAAAGAAAGGUUGCGCGUCAUUUUGGAGAACCACAUUGUAAAUUUCAGAUAUUUUUUCCCCUUCGGUCGUCCAGAAGGUGCACUGAAAGCCACUUUGUCCUUGCUGGAGAGGGUCCUGAUGAAGGACAUUGUGACCCCAGUUCCACCAGAGGAAGUUAAAGGAGUGAUCCGCAAAUGUCUGGAGCAGGCCGCUCAGCUCAACUACGAGAGGAUCAAGGACUAUGCUAAAAUUGAAGGGAAAAAGAGGGAAAUGUAUGAGCACCCUGUCUUCUGCUUGGCCUCUCAAGUGAUGGAUUUAACCAUCCAAAACGUAGGCCGCUUAGUCACGCCUGCCAAAAAGCUGGAGGAAACAAUUCGCCUGGCGGAGUUAGUCAUAGAGGUCCUCCAGCAGAACCAGGAACACCACGCGGAGGCGGCAGUCACAAGUUCUGGAGAUCAAUCGGGAAAAGAGGCAUUCGCAUGGUGGACAGACCUUAUGGUGGAGCAUGCUGAAAACUUCCUGGCCCUCUAUGCCAUCGACAUGGAUGCCGCUCUGGAGAUCCAGUCACCUGAGAGCUGGGACAGCUUUCCUCUUUUCCAGCUCCUCAAUGACUUCCUCCGGACAGACUAUUAUCUGUGCAAUGGAAAGUUCCACAAACACCUCCAGGAUCUGUAUGCUCCUCUGGUUGUUAGAUAUGUGGAUCUGAUGGAGUCCUCCAUCGCACAGUCUAUCCACAAGGGCUUUGAGAGGGAGUCCUGGGAGCCUGUUAAGAGUUUAACAAGUAAUCUGCCCAAUGUGAAUCUACCAAAUGUGAACCUCCAAAUUCCCAAAGUACCAAAUCUGCCAGUGCCAGUAGCAGGACUAUCAGUUAACCUUCCACAAAUACCUAGCUUUUCAACCCCGUCAUGGAUGGCUGCUAUAUAUGACUCCGAUAACGGCUCCGGGACAUCAGAGGAUCUUUUCUGGAAGCUGGACGCUCUUCAGACUUUCAUCAGAGACUUGCACUGGCCGGAGGACGAGUUCGCCAAACACCUCGAGAGCCGCAUCAGGCUCAUGUCGAGCAACAUGAUAGAGAACUGCGUCAAAAGGACCAGGAUGGCAUUUGAGUCCAAGCUGACAAAAAGCAGUAAGUCCACAGAUUUCCGUAUUUCUCCAUCCUUAUGCACCAUGUUCAAUGUGAUGGUGGACGCCAAGGACCAGUCAGCCAAACUGUGUGCAAUGGAGAUGGGCCAAGAGAAACAGUUCCACACCCAAAUAGACGAACUGAUUGAAGAGAGUGUGAAGGACAUGAUCCAGCUUCUGGUUGCAAAGUUUGUCGUGAUUCUAGAGAGCGUGUUGGCUAAGAUUUCCAGAUAUGAUGAAGGAACUCUCUUUUCCUCUUUCCUCUCUUUCACGGUGAAAGCUGCCUCAAAAUAUGUGGAUGUACCUAAACCUGGGAUGGACGUGGCAGACGGCUACGUGACCUUUAUGCGCCACUCUCAGGACAUGCUCCGUGAAAAGGUCAAUGAGGAGGUGUAUAUAGAAAGGUUAUUUGAUCAAUGGUACACUGCCACCAUGAACCUGCUGGGGACUUGGCUCACUGAACGCAUGGAUCAGCAGCUCCACGUCUAUCAGCUCAAGAUCCUCAUCAGGAUCACCAAGAAAAAGUACAGAGACUUCCGUCUGCAGGGGGUCCUGGACUCCACCCUGAACAGCAAGAUGUACGACACCGUGCGCAACAGGCUGACCUUGGAGGAGGCCACUGCUUCAGUGAGGGAAGGAGGCAUGCAGGGCAUCUCCAUGAAGGACAGCGACGAGGAGGAUGAAGAGGACUAGAGGCUGCGCAUCGACUCCCCAGCCCGUCUGUCUGUCCAAAACCUCCCCUCUCCCACUUUCCUCCACCUCUCACCUCCCAACUCCCCUUUCACACUUUUGACUUUAGCCUGGUUACUGAUGCAUGUACCAACUCAGAUAGCCACUCUAGGACCUCUUUGUCAGCUCGAAAUGCCUAUGAAGGAACUAUUAACUAUAAAGAUAGAAAUUAUACUGAAAAAAAAAAAGUCUGAAUAAAAAUGUUUAAAAAAAUAACCAUGAUUGGCAGUUUAGCUGUGUCAUAAUAAAGAUAGCACCUAUCUUCGGGUCUUCAUUCAUUUCUAAAUUCAUUUCUAUGUGUUAACUAAGCAAUAUGGAGAACCAUUUGUUUGACAAUGUUGAGUGAGAUUAAUCGGUGUCCCUGUCCAAUGCAAAACUUAUAUGGCGCUUCUUUGUCGUACUCUACAUUCAUUAAUGGUACAUUGUCGUGAUGAUGAGUGUGUGGACCCUUUUUUUUUUGUCUCGUCCGUUUUUAAGUGAAUGCCAACUGCUUCGAACUGAAAAUAAUAAGAGAAAAUAAAGAAAAAAAAAACUAUUUGUUUACAGCUGUUCCAGAUGGGCUGUCGUCCGCUCACUGUUGCUACCACCGACAGUAAGUCCAGACCUGCAUUUCCUAUCAUGUGUCGAUGCUACGUUGGUCUCAUCUCAAUUACUAAAUUAGACGCGCUCCGACGGGAACUCUGAAUUUCGAGUGGGUGUUCAGGAGAUGCAAUAUCCCCAUGGAUCCAUUUUGAUAACUUGGAAGAAUUUAUUUUUAUUUCAACAUUUAAAAGAAAAGGCCUAGAAACGGGUUCUAUUUUAAUUGAGUUGCACUUUUACAGACAAAAAAAGAGCAAAAAGAAUUUUUUUUAUCGGGAAAAAAAAAAUAACAAAGUUGGUCUGUCUUUGUUCUGUAAUUGUGUAGAAUGAGAUGUCUGGCAUUUGUUUGGGUCUCACUGUUGUUUUGUAUAUAUUAUAUAAAUAUAAAUAUAAAUAUGAAAUGCUGUACAUUGCAUUCUGAGCCAUCGCUGCAUGCCUGUGGGUUCCUACCCUCCCCCCCAAAUGCUUUCUGUUUUUCUGUGUGAACUAGCUGAUGGAUUCAUUCUUGCUUUUUUGCCUUAUGAAAGCCAACAGUUGUAAUAUGCAAGAGCUGUGGCCUCCAAAUAAAAAUUACUGUACAUGUGCA